AUGGCAUCUCACAUAAAAGGUUUUUUCCGGGGAUAUUCCAAUCGGUUCAUUGCUUCGCGAUUAGUCCGAUUCGGAACGAGUUCCAGGAUUAAGGCUUUAAACCACUCCCAAAGACGGUACUGGAAUAGAUUGAACACAUAUUCACACCCCCACUUGUUCAGUUCUCUAACUCCAACUGAACUACCAUCAUUUGGUUCUCACGUAAAAGCUUGGGUCUACACUGAAUAUGGGAAUAUAGAAGAGAUUCUCAAAUUUGAUCCUAAUGUAGCUAUACCAGAUAUCAAGGAAGACCAAGUGCUUAUAAAGGUUGUGGCUGCUGCCCUUAAUCCUGUAGAUAAUUUGAGGGCUCUUGGGUAUUUUAAGGACACUGACUCUCCUUUACCCACUGCUCCGGGGAAUGAUGUUGCUGGUGUGGUGGUAAGAGUGGGAAGUAAAGUGAGGAAAUUUAAGAUUGGUGAUGAAGUUUAUGGUGAUAUCAAUGAACUUGCUGUGAACCAUCCAAAAACCAUUGGUUCUUUGGCAGAAUAUACUACUGCUGAAGAGAAAGUAUUGGCUCAUAAACCCUCCAAUUUGAGCUUUGUUGAAGCUGCUAGCCUUCCUGUAGUGAUCCUUACUGCUUAUCUAGGACUUGAAAGAGUUGGGUUUUCUGCUGGCAAAUCUAUACUUGUUCUUGGAGGUUCUGGAGGAGUUGGAACCCUUGUUAUUCAGCUGGCCAAACAUGUUUUUGGAGCAUCUAAGGUUGCAGCUACUGCUAGUACUCCAAAACUUGAAUUGUUGAGGAGCUUGGGAGCAGACUUGCCUAUUGAUUAUACAAAAGAUAAUUUUGAAGAAUUGUCAGAAAAGUUUGAUGUUGUGUAUGAUACAGUAGGACAGAGUGACAAGGCAUUGAAGGCUAUUAAAGAAGGGGGCAAAGUUGUGACCAUAGUAGGACCUGCAACUCCACCAGCUAUUCAGUUUUUUCUCACUGCAGAUGGGGCUGUGUUGGAGAAACUACAACCUUACUUAGAGAGUGGCAAGGUGAAGCCAGUGUUGGACCCCAAGAGCCCCUUUCCGUUUUCUCAAACUGUGGAAGCAUAUGCAUACCUUAAGACUAAUAGAGCCAUUGGAAAAGUAGUCAUACAUCCCAUCCCAUAA